AUGGACCAGUGUGAGGACGGAAAGGACGGAAUCCCUCCCUCUAAAACCUCUCUACCUGGACCUGGACCUGGACCUGGACCUGGACCUGGAUCUGGACCUGGAUCUGGAUCUGGACCUGGACCUGGACCUGGACCUGGACUUGAAGCUGAAGCUGAAACUGAUCAUGAACCAAGCUGUGUGUCCUUGAAGAGCGACCACUCAAGGGGCUGGUUAUUUGACUUUAAGAACUGGUUUAUUAACUUUAAAGGAGACCAACAUUCUUCUUCAGAGAGAGUGGACCAGCAGAUCUCAGAGUCCCCCAGUGGUCCGUCUGUCCAGCAGCAUCAGACACAGCUGGACUCCAUCUUUCAGCUGCUGGAGGACGACAUCGUCAUGUUUGUGAAGAACGAGCUGAAGAAGAUUCAGAGGGGUCUGAGUCCAGAUUACCCAGAAUCCCUAGAGCAUGUGUUGCUUGGUGAGGAUGAAGAGCAGAGGAGCAUCAGAGAUGCGUUUGUGAAGAUCACAGUGAACUUCCUGAGGAGAAUGAAGCAGGAGGAGCUGGCUGAGCGUCUGCAGAGCAGUACUUUUGCUGAAGUUUGUAAAAAGCGGCUGAAGUCUAAGCUGAAGGAGAAAUACCAGUGUGUGUCUGAGGGGAUUGUUAAAGCAGGAAACCCAACCCUUCUGGAGCAGAUCUACACGGAGCUUUACAUAACAGAGGGAGGGACCGGAGAGGUCAAUGAUGAACAUGAAGUCAGACAUAUUGAAGCAGCUUCCAGGAAACCAGACAGAGCAGAAACAGCCAUCAGACAGGAAGACAUCUUUAAACCCCCACCUGGAAGAGAUGAACCAAUCAGAACAGUGAUGACGAAGGGAGUGGCCGGCAUCGGGAAAACAGUCCUAACACAGAAGUUCACUCUGGACUGGGCUGAAGGAGCCAACCAGGACAUCCAGUUCCUGCUUCCAUUCACCUUCAGACAGCUGAAUGUGCUGAGAGAGGAGAAGUUCAGCUUGGUGGAACUAGUUCAUCACUUCUUCAGUGAAACCAGAGAAAUGUGCAGCUUUGAAGAGUUCCAGGUCGUGUUCAUCUUUGACGGUCUGGAUGAGUGUCGACUUCCUCUGGACUUCCACAACAAUGAGGACCUGACUGAUGUUACAGAGUCCACCUCACUGGACGUGCUGCUGACAAACCUCAUCAGGGGGAACCUGCUUCCUUCUGCUCGUCUCUGGAUCACCACACGACCCGCAGCAGCCAAUCAGAUCCCUCCUGAGUGUGUUGACAUGGUGACGGAGGUCAGAGGGUUCACUGACCCACAGAAGGAGGACUACUUCAGGAAGAGGUUCAGAAAUAAGAAGCAGAGCAGCAGGAUCAUCUCCCACAUCAAGACAUCACGGAGCCUCCACAUCAUGUGCCACAUCCCAGUCUUCUGCUGGAUCACUGCUACGGUCCUGGAGAACGUCCUGGAAACCAGAGAGGGAGGAGAGCUGCCCAAGACCCUGACUGAGAUGUACAUCCACUUCCUGGUGGUCCAGGCCAAACUGAAGAAGGUCAAGUAUGAUGGAGGAGCUGAGACGGAUCCACACUGGAGUCCAGAGAGCAGGAAGAUGGUGGAGUCUCUGGGAAAACUGGCUUUUGAGCAGCUGCAGAAAGGAAACCUGAUCUUCUAUGAACCAGACCUGAGAGAGUGUGGCAUCGACGUCAGAGACGCUUCAGUGUACUCAGGAGUGUUCACACAGAUCUUUAGAGAGGAGAGCAGGCUGUACCAGGACCAGGUCUUCUGCUUCAUCCAUCUGAGUGUCCAGGAGUUUCUGGCUGCUCUUCAUGUCCAUCAGACCUUCAUCAACUCUGGAGUCAACCUGCUGGAGGAACAAAGAACCACAAAGACCGACCUCCAUCAGAGUGCUGUGGACAAGGCCUUACAGAGUCCAAACGGACACCUGGACUUGUUCCUGCGCUUCCUCCUGGGUCUUUCACUGGAGACCAAUCAGAACCUCCUACGAGGUCUGAUGACAUCAAGCCAAAGAAGUUCACAGAACAAUCAGGAAACUAUCAAAUACAUCAAGAAGAAGAUCAGUGGGGAUCUGUCUGCAGAGAGAAGCAUCAACCUGUUCCACUGUCUGAAUGAACUGAACGAUCGGUCUCUGGUGGAGGAGGUCCAAGAGUCCCUGAGGUCUGGACGUCUCUCCACAGAUAAACUGUCUCCUGCUCAGUGGUCAGCUCUGGCCUUCAUCUUACUGUCAUCAGGAGAUCUGGAGGUGUUUGACCUGAAGAAGUUCUCAGCUUCAGAGGAGGCUCUACGGAGGCUGCUGCCGGUGGUCAAAGCCACCAAGAAAGUUCUACUGAGUGGCUGUAACCUCUCAGAGGACAUCUGUCCACUUCUGUCCUCAGUUCUCAGCUCUCAGUCCUCCAGUCUGACAGAACUGGACCUGAGCAACAACCACCUGCAGGAUUCUGGACUGAAGAAGCUGUGUCCUGGACUGGAGAGUCCACACUGUCACCUGGAGUCUCUCAGACUGAGUGGCUGUAACCUCUCAGAGGACAUCUGUCCACUUCUGUCCUCAUUUCUCAGCUCUCAGUCCUCCAGUCUGACAGAACUGGACCUGAGCAACAACGACCUGCAGGAUUCUGGACUGGAGCAGCUGUGUCCUGGACUGGAGAGUCCACACUGUCACCUGGAGUCUCUCAGGCUGUCAGGCUGUCUGAUCUCAGAGGAAGGAAGUUCUUCUCUGGUCUCAGCUCUGACCUCCAACCCAUCCCACCUGAGAGAGCUGGACCUGAGCUACAACCAUCCACGGGAGUCAGCAGGGAAGCUUCUGUCUAGACUGGAGGAUCCCCGCUGGAGACUGGACACUCUCAGGGUGGAGCCUGCUGGACAACGAUGGCUAACACCAGGUCUGAGGAAGUAUUCCUGUCAACUCACCGUCGACACAAACACAGUCCACAACAAGAUCAAACUGUCUGAUAACAACAGGAAGAUGACACGUGUGGAUGAGGAUCAGUCAUGUCCUGAUCAUCCAGACAGGUUUGAUGAUGAUCAUCAGCUGCUGUGUAGAGAAGUUCUGACGGGUCGCUGUUACUGGGAGGUCCAGUGGAGCAGACAUGUUUCUGUAUCAGUGAGUUACAGAAGAAUCAGCAGGAAAGGAAACUCUGAUGACUAUAGGUUUGGAAGAAACAAUCAUUCCUGGAGGCUGGACUGUUAUCCAGGUGGUCAGUACCGUGUCUGUCACAAUAACAGAGAAACAUCCAUCACCUCUUCAUCUCCACGUCCAGACUCUGGCAGAGCAGCAGUUUACGUGGACGUUCCUGCUGGAACUCUGUCCUUCUAUGAAGUCGUCUCUGACAGACUGCUCCACCUCCACACCUUCAACAACAGCUUCUCUGGACCUCUCUGUGCUGGAUUUGGACUCUACUGGUCCUGGUCUGGUUCAGUGUCUCUGUGUCCAGUUUAGUCUCCAGAGUCUCCGGUCAGAGAAACUGUCUCUGUUGGAUCCUGGACUUGGACUCUGGUUCUGGUUCCUCAGUGUCUCCAUGAUGAUGAUGAUGAUGAUGAUGAUGAUGAUGAUGAUGAUGAAGGUGAUGAUGAUGAUGAUGAUGAUGAUGAAGGUGAUGAU